AUGGCAAACAAUACUGUCUGCACGUCCUGCCUGCGAGCUAUUCGCCAGAAUCAACGAAUCGUACAGCGGACCAGCUCCAGAAGCUCGCGCGUUUCGCUUUCUGCACAUCGAUCAUUCACAACGAGCCAUUACCGUCUGAAGGAGGAGGAAGAGAAGAAGAAGUUAUUCAGGCCACCACCACCACCGCAACAACCGUACGAAGCCAAAGGACCGUCUCCUGAAGCCCUCAAAAACUUUGCAUCCUCGCUGCGUUCAUCCAGCAGCGUCUUCCGAAGCACAACAGAGCCCUACAUUGCGUACGGAGGCACCGAAGACCUGUUCCUGCAAUGCAGUCGCCAAUGCAGCUAUACGAUACCUUCGGCGCUGGAAACGCCUCCCGCCCCACCGCCCACAAACGAAGCAGGAGAUCAUCUAGGCCAGGGCAUCGGAUGGUGGUUAGAACCCAAAGAGAAGGGAGGUCUGGGGCUGGAUGCGACAUUCAAUUCGUGGGCACAAGUGUUGUAUCUCCACAUGUGGAUGCUCACCGUGCGGUUACGAUGCUUCCCGGCCAAGUACGUGAAGGAUUGGCAUCAGAAUCUGCUCGACCACUUCUUCUACGCGGCAGAGGACCGGAUGGCGACGUGGCAUGGCAUGUCCUCCCGCGGCGUGCGCAACAAGAAUCUGAAAGAUUUGUGGCUACAGUGGCGAGGUGUACAGUUGGGAUAUGACGAGGGUCUGGUGAAGGGAGAUGCCGUCAUGGCAGCUGCUAUCUGGAGAAAUGUCUUCAAGGCCAGUGAGAAUGUCGACGUUGCGGACAUUGCACAGGUCGUGGCGUACAUGAUGCGGGAGCUACGGCAGUUGGGCGAGCUGGACGACGUUACAAUCACAGAGGGCAGAGUGAGCUUCGGGGAUCCGAAGACUGCGAAGUUGGCUUUGAAGCAAGAGAGCGCUCUGAUGCGACAAACGCUCACAUCUGAUGAGCUGAAGGCGCCGCAAAAGGCCAGCGAAGUCUCCAGCUAG